AUGCCAGCGGCGAGCGAGCGUACUUUCAAAGCUGCCCGAAAACGCACCACCACAGCGAUCAAAACGAAGAUUCUCAGCGCCCUCCAGAAAAUCGAGACAGCUGGCGAUUUUGCCUGCUGUGACCGGGUUUCGCCCAGUGUCUCGCCCGGUCUCCACAUCAACGGUCUGGGCCUUGUUAAACUUCCUUUAUCCCAGGCCGAUGCCGCAGCUAUCAUCGACGUCUGCCAUCGAAGCCCCUUUGGUCAGGGAACGGAGACUCUAGUGACAUCGGUCCGAAAAUGCUGGGAACUAGAUGCGAGUCAGUUCGAACUGCAAAAUCUUGAUGUGGUAGACAGAAGGCACCCGGCUCGUAGAGUAGAAAUUUCAAAUGGAAUGUUCGGUACUCUGAUUGUGUGCCUCCCUUCGAAACAUGAUGGUGGCGAGGUAGUUGUCACUCAUCAGGGAGAAUCUCGCAUUUUCGAAUCUGCAGCAACGUCCGGUUCUAGUACGUCCUUUGCGGCCUGGUACUCAGAUGUCACCCAUGAGAUCAAGCCUGUCAAAAGCGGGUAUCGGAUGGUGAUAACUUAUAACCUCAUACAUGAUGGCCCUGGUGAUACCCCUUCAUUCGUUCUAGUGGAUCCUAAUCUUGAGACAGCGAUGAAGGGCUGGAUCUCGGAGGCUGAAUCUGGACGAGGACUUGCCCCUGAACUUUUGCUGUAUAUGUUAUCCCAUGAAAAUCCAACGUCUAGACUGAAGUUUGAAAGCAUGAAAGAGAAAGACGACUCACAUGUCGCUCAGCUUCGAUCUGUAUGCAAGGUACUGGAUACCACUCUAUACCUGGGCACUGUUGAGCGACAGGCUGAUGGGGGGUGCGAUGAGUAUGAUGACUUUCCUAUUGGAACAGAGAAUUGCGAGUACCACGAAAUUAUUGACGUUUGCUAUGAGAAGACUGUGCUUGGAAAUGUGGUGCAUUUGGAUGGAACCAAGGCCUUUGAUAGUUCGGACAUUGGUACUGAUUCGGAAAACUAUUCGGGCUACACUGGAAAUGAAGGAGUAUCGGCAACCCAUUUCUACAGACGAACUGUUGUGGUCAUAGUGCCACGUAUAUCUAGGGUGAAAUUUCUCUUCAAACGCAUGUUACCCCCGAAACCCGGCAUGUCAGAAUGGAUAGACCGCCUACUUUGUUUACUAUCGGGCCCUAAAAACACUGAUGCGCGAAGUGAAUUUGAAACCAUCGCGAAUCUCGUGUUUUAUCAUAACAAUAAGAUGAAAAGAAUCGAGAGACCUGUCUAUUUUCAAGGUGAUGACACAUUAGUUCCGUUUGCCGAUGCAAUCCUCUGCAAGGUUGCCGAAGGAGAAAAUAUGGACCUUUGUGAAAGGGUCAUUGAUCAUCUUAGCAACCCCCUGUUGCCACCUUUCAUAGAAAUUAUAUCGAAGAGUUUUUGCAACCAGGCUUGUAAAGAAGGAAUUCGACUAUUGGAUACCAUUCUUAAGAAAACUGGCUCCACGAUCUCCCUAAGGGCCAUGGCCAUACCAAUGAUUGCAAACGCUUGCUUGGAGCACCUUGGUAAUGAUAUUUUGGAGAAAAAAAAGGCACUCGAAGAAUGGCAAAGAACAAAUAUUGAAAGUUCUCUGUCGUUAAUACCAUCUGCCAGGCGCGAGGACACAAAGCAUCUUGUUUGGAUUAUGACUCUCUAUCCAGAUUAUAGGAUGAAAUCUAAGGUCAACGCAGUCCUUAUGAGUUUCAUAACACAGCCGUCAUUCAUUUCCACGUUCUUAACAAACUUAUGUCAAAACAACACAGCGAAAAUGGUACCUUACUUGAAGAUUGGAGAGCAUCGCAGCACUAUGACUUCGAAGGACCCGUUUUUUGAGCAUCGGAUUACUGAAAGACUAAACGACUGUGAUCUACUUAAUAUAGUUUGUCAGUGUCAGCUGCUUAAAAUCUCGGCCAUGCCACUAUAUGACGGCCUAAGAAAGGCGGCUACCAAUGCAAAAAAUGGUGAAAAGGGGUCUCAUGCCCUAAUAUUUCCCUUCUUGAAACGCAUGAUUUCAUGGUGCCUUAUUGACAUAGAUUCUCCCGAUGAGGAGUGUGUGCGAUUUGCAACAGAUUUUCUUCGAUUAUACUUGGAGCUGUAUGUUAAAAAGGAACCAAGCCGGAUGGAUUUUACAGAUACAGAUUUGUGUACUUGCUGCUGCGAAAGCUGCCAGGAAAUGAAUGCAUUUCUGCAGAGCCCGAGUCUAAGAACAACUCGAAUCCUGGAUUCAGGUAGCAAAAUGGGUCACUUGAAAACCCAUCACAAGCAUGGACUUAAAAUCAAACUAAUGAAAAGCGGCGAUUCCCAUUUUCUGGGAAUCACAAAAACAAGCAAUGCACAUUUAGAAUGGGAAAAACGAGCUAAUCUUGCCAAACAAAUGAUUUCGUCUUUAGGAGUCCGCAGUGAUGUGGAACGUAUUCUAGGCGCCAAUUUCUACGAGCAUAUUAUAUCCCUGAUAGCGGUACAAAGUGGCGAACAAACAUUGUCUCCAAUAAUAGAUCGGAAACGACCUGCUGCUCAAAUGAGCGGGGGAGCUGAAGAUAGAGUUGAAGAUAGCGAUCUUGUUGAAUUGUCCUAG